UCGGGCGACCGGAUUUUCUCUUUUUGAGGUUGUUUAUGCGGUUCGACCGCGUGGGGUGGCGGAUUUGAUCGCGCUGCCGUCGAUGGAGGACGCCGACCGCCGGGCCGAGGACCUCAUGGCCGACCUCCGACACACUCAUGCCGCGGCCCGGGCGCGUUUGAUGGAGGUGACGACGGCAUACAAGGUGCGGGCUGAUUCUCGAUGUCGUCACGUGGAAUUCGACAUCGGAGACUUUUUUUGGGUCGUCCUCACCAAGGAUCGUUUCUCGGCGCAUGAGUAUAACAAGUUAUCUGCUCGUAAGAUUGGGCCGGUUGAGAUCAUCGAGAAGAUCAACCUGAAUGCUUAUCGUCUCCGGCUUCCGUCGCAUUUGAGGACUUCUAACGUAUUCAAUAGGAGUGACCCAGGUAUGUUCUUUAUUCCUUGUAUAAUCGGGAAUUUAAAAAUAGAACGAGCUAUGUUGGAUUUGGGUGCUUCGAUAAAUGUUAUGCCUCGUUCUAUUUUUAAUUCUCUGAAUUUGGGUCCUUUAAAACAAACCGGGGUUGUUAUCCAACUCGCCGAUCGUAGUACCACUUUUCCCGACGGCGUUGUUGAGGAUGUUCUAGUCAAAGUAAAUGAUCUUGUAUUUCCUGCUGAUUUCUAUGUGUUGAGCAUGGAUGAUAAAUCCUCAAACUCCACCCCAAUUUUAUUGGGAAGACCAUUUUUGAACACCGCCCAAACGAGGAUUGAUGUCCGACAGGGCACUCUUACUAUGGAGUUUGAUGGACAUAUCAUCAAGUUCAACAUUUUUGAUGCUAUGAAAUAUCCCAAUGAUUGUGAUGAUUCCGUUUAUAUGCUUGAUGUUAUUGACCCUUUAGCACAGGAAUUUAUGGAGAUUUAUGGCCAAUGUGAUGAGUUAGAGGUGGCGAUUGCAUCGAGUAUUGGGUGCGACAGUCUGUUAUUACCCCCCCUGAUAACAGAAGUUGACGGUGCCAAUUUUGGCGAGCGGGCCAAAGAACUGAGGGAAAUCGUGAUGGCUUUGCAUGAUAUAGGACCAGUUCCUCUUAGGUAUGAUAUUAAUUUCAUUCAAUUACCAGAAUCUAACCAGAAAAUUUUGCCAUCAACUGUGCAGGCCCCGGAGCUCGAAUUAAAAUCCUUGCCGACGCACUUGAAGUACGUGUACUUGGGAGACAAUGACACGCUGCCCGUGAUCAUAUCAGCAUGCCUAGAGGCUGACCAGGAGAUCUCAUUGCUGCAAGUGUUGAAGGAUAACAAGCGGGCGAUCGGUUGGACGAUAGCAGACUUGCGUGGAAUCAGUCCUUCGAUUUGUAUGCACCGUAUCUUGUUCGAGGACGGAGCCGGGCCAUCACGGGAGCCACAACGGAGGUUGAAUCCACCCAUGAUGGAGGUGGUUAAGAAGGAGGUCAUCAAAUUGCUGGAUGUCGGGGUGAUUUAUCCUAUUUCUGACAGUCGAUGGGUAAGUCCGACUCAGGUAGUGCCCAAGAAAUCUGGGGUAACUGUGGUUGAGAACCACAAUGGUGAGUUAGUUCCUACUAGAGUACAGACUGGUUGGAGAGUUUGUAUUGAUUAUCGUAAGUUGAAUGCGAUGACGCGUAAGGAUCAUUUUCCUUUACCGUUUAUUGAUCAAAUGAUUGAGAGAUUGGCUGGUCACUCUUAUUAUUGUUUCUUAGAUGGUUUUUCAGGAUACUUUCAGAUCCCUAUAGCUCCAGAGGACCAAGAGAAGACGACGUUCACGUGUCCUUAUGGCACGUUUGCCUACCGUCGUAUGCCAUUCGGAUUGUGCAAUGCACCAGCCACGUUUCAGAGGUGCAUGGUGAGUAUUUUUUCUGAGUAUGUUGGUAACAUCAUAGAAGUGUUCAUGGAUGACUUCAGUGUGUAUGGCGACUCCUUUGAGGUAUGUCUCGAGAACCUCUCUUUGAUCUUAAAAAGAUGUGCCGAAACCAACCUUGUAUUGAAUUGGGAAAAAUGUCAUUUUAUGGUAACACAAGGUAUUGUUUUGGGCCAUAUUGUUUCUUUAAAAGGAGUUGAAGUAGAUAAGUCAAAAGUUGAUCUUAUAACUGCCUUGCCUUACCCCGCUAGUGUGCGGGAAGUUCGUUCGUUUCUUGGUCAUGCAGGCUUCUAUAGGAGGUUCAUCAAGGACUUUUCAAAGAUAGCCUCACCACUUUGUAGGCUCUUGCAGAAGGAUGUAGAGUUCAAGGUCGAUGAGGAGUGUAAAGCCGCCUUCGACACAUUGAAGGAGCGGUUGACGACUUCUCCAAUUAUCCAAUCGCCAAAGUGGGACUUGCCAUUCGAGAUCAUGUGCGAUGCUAGCGACCAUGCUGUUGGUGCCGUCCUUGGCCAAAGGGUGAACAAGGCAGCCCAUGUGAUAUACUAUGCUUCGAGAACCUUGAAUCCCGCUCAAGAGAACUACACGACUACGGAAAAAGAAUUAUUGGCUGUUGUUUUUGCUCUAGAGAAAUUUAGAUCAUAUAUUAUUGGAACUAAAGUUAUUAUAUUUACUGAUCAUGCAGCGCUUCGGCACUUGUUCGCGAAGAAAGAGUCCAAACCGAGGAUUAUUCGGUGGAUACUACUACUUCAAAAGUUUGAUUUGGAGAUCCGGGACAAGAAGGGUGCCGAGAAUUCAGUGGCUGACCACCUGAGUCGAUUGACACAU